CAGUCUGUAAAAGAAGGAGAAGAUUGAGAAGGAUGUGACAGGCUGAGGACCCAGGUUGGGAAAGGUUGGAGGACCUACCUACCAGAAAACACGAGGUCUUUCUCUUAUUUCAACAGUUGAGUGCAACUUCAGAGCGCGGAGAGAGGGAUUUCAAGGCCAAGAAAAAAGAGAGAACUCUCAGCACAACAACAUUUCAAAGGGAAUACAUUGCCAGAAUUUUGAAUAUUUAUUGGGUCAAACAUUUCUCCAAGGAGGACGCAGCUCUCUGUUCCCAUGUCGCCAGCUUUGAAGGACUGACAUCUUCCACCAGCUCGUGCCACUUCCUGCCGCCACCAUGGGCCCCUUGGGGAGCAUGCUGAGCAGUGGGCAGAUGCAGAUCGCCCUGUGGGGGAGUUUGGCGGCUGUGGCCACUUUCUUCCUCAUCGCCUUCCUCAUCUUUCUGUGCUCCAGUUGUGACAGAGAAAAGAAGCCGAGACAGCAUAGCGGGGACCAUGAGAACCUGAUGAACGUGCCUUCGGACAAGGAGAUGUUCAGCCGUUCGGUUACUAGCCUGGCCACGGAUGCUCUUGUCAGCAGUGAACAGAACGGGGCCCUCACCAACGGUGACAUUCUUUCAGAGGACAGUACUUUGACCUGCAUGCAACAUUACGAGGAAGUCCAGACCUCGGCUUCGGAUCUCUUGGACUCCCAGGACAGCACAGGGAAGCCAAAGUGUCAUCAGAGCCGAGAACUGCCCAGAAUUCCUCCCGACAGCGCAGUAGACACGAUGCUCGCUGCGCGAAAUGUGGACGGGGAGCGGGGUCCGGGGAUGGAAGGACCCUAUGAAGUGCUCAAGGAUAGUUCCUCCCAAGAGAAUAUGGUGGAGGACUGCUUGUAUGAGACUGUGAAGGAAAUUAAGGAGGUGGCCACAGCCGCACCCCCGGGGAAGGGCCAAGGUGGCAAGUCAAAGUCGACCUCCGCUUUGAAAGAGCUCCCGGGGCCCCAGACGGAUGGCAAAGCGGACUUUGCUGAAUAUGCCUCCGUGGACAGAAACAAAAAGUGUCGACAAAGUGUCAAUGCGGAGAGUCUUCUUGGAAAUGCGUGUGAUCCAGAAGAGGAGGCCCCACCGCCUGUCCCCAUUAAACUCCUGGAUGAAAAUGAAAAUCUUGAGGAGAAGAUAGAGCAGAAGGCGGGAGAAGAAGGAGCCGCGGAGGGGACCAGCGAAACCAACAAGAGAUUUAGUUCAUUGUCAUACAAGUCCCGGGAGGAAGACCCGACUCUCACGGAAGAAGAGAUCUCGGCCAUGUAUUCGUCAGUACAUAAACCCGGACAGUCAGGGAAUAAAUCAGGACAGUCGCUUAAAGCGCCCGAGUCCGCCUACGCUUCCGUCCAAGGAGCUGCCCAGACAUCCCCCUCUUCCUGCAAUGAUCUCUAUGCUACUGUUAAAGACUUUGAGAAAACUCUGAACAGCAUCAGCACGCCUCCACCAGCAGGGAGACCCGGCCAGGAGCCCGAGCCCGAUUAUGAAGCAAUACAGGCUCUAAACAGAGAAGAGGAGAAGGCCACCCUGGAGCCCAAUGGCCACCACGGUCUUGUCCCGAAGGAGAAUGACUACGAGAGCAUUGGCGACUUGCAGCAGAGCAGAGAUAUCACCAGGCUCUAGCAACACAGAAGACAACCCCAGACGUCGUGUGACCAGCCAGUUGGGGACCUUUCUUCUGUGGAAGAUAAGGAGCCAUAUCAACCUACACUUUCUAUGCUGCUUUAGUAAACUGAAGACAAUUGAAGAUUUGGUGACUGUUUCCCAGCUUCGGGAACACUGAGGUACGCACCUGGCUGCACACGAGUGUGCCCCUGCCUGCCGGGGGCACUGGCACGCCCAAGCACAUCUCCCUCAUGCACCCCGCCCUCUGGAAAGAUGCCAGCUGUCAGUGGGUUCGUCCUAUUAGUGAGGAAAGCCAAGAUGUAAGGAAGAACUACACUCAUCAAGAACCACAACUCACCUGCCCAAAAUACUGCCGUUCAGAAGAGCCGGGAUCUUCUUCCUUUCUCCCCUUUCUGCUACUGAUGUUAAAAUGUAUGGCUUUUUCCCCCUUGAGAUCGUCAGAUUUCUAAUGGUUCAUUCCAAGAAAUUCUCCCAUAAGGCUUGGUCUUCGCCUUCAACGUAGGUGUUUCAGGACGGUCAGAAACUGUGGUUGCUGGUUACCGUCAGCUCGCCAGUGCUCUUCAGGGGGCUGCAGCCGGGAAUCGGAACCCGCAGGUGGGUAGGACUGGAGCCGUCCCUGGCGUUCCUGAGGUCUUCGUCCUUUCUGAUUUUGGCACUCUACGUCAGCAGCCUUUCCCAAAGUACUUGAAGUCGUUUUUAGAUGUUUUGUUUUGUUUUUCUAGUCCAAAUGUUUUUUCCCCCCAGUAUUUGAAACUCUUCAGAGCCUCUUCAGUAUUUUCAACGACUAUUGUGGUACUUCUACACUUGUUUUAACCCAGAGCUCAUUCCUCCAAAACAGAGAGCCUUAAUCUCUAUGUUGGCACACAGCCCACAUAUUUGGAUGGCAGCCACCGUGUCCAUCUCUGAAGGGCUGUGGACUUGCAUGUGUGUUUCUGCUCGUCUCUGCUGCCACACCAACAGUGUGGGAUUCACAGGUGAACUGCUCCCCUAAGGUAAUCUAUCUAAAAUUAAAAUGUAAACAUUUAUUUUUGUUAUAUAAAUUUAUAAGAUGUUUUAUGUUUAGCACCUAAUUUCUAGAAAGUGCCGAAAAAAAUAUAUAUUAACUAUUUUGAUUUUAUGUACAAUGAUUUAUACUCUCGUUUUGAAAAGACACCACAAAGCACAUAAGGUAGAUAAUUACAAGUAGUUGUUAAUCUUUUUUCUAACCAAGUGUUUAAAACAUUGAAGGUUUUUAAAGACUCAACUUUUCAACUGGUACUUGGAGCUCCUGGGCAAAUCAUCUGACUCACUGGAGAAAUAAGUGUAAUAACCAUAAAUGAUAAUUUUCAGUGGUUUGUGGUGGGCGAUAUUGAACUAUUUGAAAUGGUAAAAAUGGAAAGAACAAAAUAUGACUAGGGAUGACUGUGAAUGAUUAACCUCAUGAAAGUAUUAUAAUUCCGUUAAGGUUUAGUCACAAUUUAAAGAAAACAGUGAUGAAUUUUGAAGUCCAGUGCUUGCAAAUGCAAAUUGCCUAUUGAGAUUUUUUUCCUUUAAUUUUACAAAAAUCAGUGGCUGAAAUAAGUCAGAUUAAGAGCUCAGCCUGGUUUGAAUUGAAUCAUGGCUUUCGAUUUUAUAAAGCCAACAUUGGGAAACUUGUUCACUUUUCAUUUUAAAAGGAACCUGGUUGAAGUGCUAUUAUGCAGUGUGGGCUACAGAAAGGGAGCUUUUCCUACACUGAUAAAGGGGGAAAAAAGAGGCAAUUAUUCUAUACCGCUGUGACAUCUGUGACUUUUCAGAUUGAAUAAUCUUGCUGUUUUCACUCCUUACAAUGAAGAAUGCAAUUGGGAAGAUGAAGCAUCCUGAAAAUUGUAGGGCCCAGCUCACUGGUGUGUUUUUUCCAUCCCUUGCAUUCAGGUCUGAUGUUGUGACUGCUCCGUAAUACAUUUCUGAGAUUGUAAAGUGAGCUAGGUUGGGACAAACUGGUUGGUCAUCUUUAUUUUUCAAUCAGCCUAGUCUCUCCCGUGAAGGCUACAUGUCCAUAAGCACAAUCAUCAUUGAUUAGAAGAUAAUGGCAGAAUACUCUUGAAUUAGGGAAGAGUUUAUCAGGAAAGUGCAAGGGGCUUGCUCUCUGAAUUCACAACCUUCAUAAGCACCAUUUUGCUUGGCGAUUUCAUUGUGAGUAUUAAUGAGUUUGCCCCAACAAUCUCUGCGUC